AUGACUGAAUCUCUCGCCCAGCAGAUGAAGGCCAAACGCACCAAGAUCCUCUUUCCGAUCGCUGGUAUCGGACAAUCUUCAACACCCGUCCAACUAGUAUUGGGGGCAGAAAUCUUCUUUGACCUCUUCAAAGUGUCCGGUCGGAUUGAGCUUGGUGAGUCUCUACCGAAUCUAGUCAAUUCUGUACUAGUCUGGGUUGUAUCUGGCAAGACAACCGAUACCCGUUCGACAAAUCCCGUCAUCGCUAACAGUCACCGAUCUUGCGAAGAGCACUUUCGCCGGACAGUCUCUAGAACUCCCGAAGGUCGCUAUGCCGUAUCUCUACCCAUAAAGGAAGAUGUUCACUCCAAUCUCGGUGACAAUCGUCGCACAGCUAUUCGUCGCUUUCGUCUACCACGAGGUCAGCUCGCUAAGAACGACGAACUAGGCAACCAGUACCGAGCGUUCGUGGACGAGUACUUUCAGCUAGGCUAUAUGGAGGUGGUACCAGACUACCAAUCGCAACAUCCUUCCUACCAUUUGCCUCAUCAUGCCGUAAUACGAGCAGACAGUACGACCACUAAGAUGUACCGACAGAUCUUAACGGACCAACGCAGCAACAAGCUAAAGCACCUCGUAUGGAGUCCAUCGCCUGAAUCCCCUCUGCAGACAUAUGAAUUAAAAACCGUUACUUACGGUACCACCAGCGCGCCGUUUCUUGCCACACGCGUGCUCCAGCAGCUGGCGGACGACGAGCAGCACGAUUUUCCAGAAGCUGCCGGUAUUCUCAAGAAAGAUUUCUACGUGGACGAUUCAUUUUCCGAAGCGGACACAGUAGAAGAAGCUAUCACACUACGAAAGCAGCUGGAAUCUCUUCUCGGAAGGGAGGGUUUGAACUGCGGAAAUGGGUUUGAAACGAAGAAGCCGUUCUAG